UUUUUGGGAUAACCAAGGCAAAAGUGCAGUAUCUCCAAGCUAGCCUAAAGUUUUCUGGAACUCCACCAGUAGAUAAGAGAGGCAAACAUCAUAAUCGUCCGAACAAAUUGAAAACUCGAGUAUUGAAUGAUAUUAAAGAACACUUAAAAUCUUUUAAGGGACGCUCCAGCCACUACAGUAACAAAAAAACCUCAAAAAUUUAUCUUCCAGAAGAAUUUAAUAUCAGGAAGGUAUACACACUUUUCGUAGAGAAGUAUCCACAUCAUAAGCUGUCCUAUGAGGCAUAUAGAGCAGAAUUCAAGAAAUACAAAAUUUCUUUCGGCUACCCAAGGUCGGACACUUGUAGCACAUGUGAUAAAAUGAAUGCUGAAUUGAACUCUCUAGCUAAACAAGAGAGCACACCAGAAAUCAAGCAACAAAUUAAAGAUUUGGAAACAGCAAAGAAAUUACAUCUCACCAAAGCUGGAGUUUUCUAUGCGAGAAAGAAAAAUAAAAAAAUAAAAGCAAGAAAUGAUCGUGACUUUGAAGCAAUUGCAGUUGAUUAUCAAAAAAACAUUUCAUUACCAAACAUUACAACGAAUGAUGUCUACUAUAAAAGACAACUGUCUAUGUACACCUUCAACAUACAUGUUUUAUCAACUGGACAAUCAUAUUUUUACUGCUAUCCAGAGACUUCUGCAAAGAAGGGAUCGAAUGAAGUAAUGUCAUUUCUUCAUCAUUUUAUAAUCAAUUACCUAGAUAAAAGAGUAAAACAGCUCAGCAUCUUUUGUGACUCAGCAGGUGGACAAAAUAAAAAUUACAAUUUGAUAAAAUGGCUUCAUUUUAUAACAAACAAAAGUAACUUGCUGAAUCGGGUGGAUAUCACAUUUCCCAUUAGAGGCCACUCCUAUAUGGAAUGCGAUAAGAACUUUGGAAUUAUAAAAUUGAAAACCAAAAUGGAAAUGCCACGUGAUUUUUAUGAACUCAUCGCAAAUGCACGGGCAAAACCCAGCCCUUUUCAAGUGAUAAAUGUUGAAGAGGAUCCACGGAUUGUCAGAGAUUGGGCUGAAUUUCUUAAAGACCCAAUCUACAAGAAAAUGUGUCCUUUUAAAAUACAGGAAAUCCGGGAACUGUAUUGCUUAUCUGAAAAAUCAUAUAUUUACCAUCGCAGCAAUUAUAAUGGCCUGUACUCAAAGGGAAUAAUUAUUGCUGCAAAAAAGAAAGGUCAGCCUCAGAAUACUCAAGUCACUCAAACACCAUGUCAAGGCGGGGAAUUCUAUUUGCCAAAUGCUGCAUAUGAAGGGCCCAUAGCAAUAUCAAAGGAAAAGUACAGUGAUCUCCAAGGCUUGAAGAAAUUUUGUUCACAAGAAGCACAAGUUUUUUAUACUAAUCUGCCACAUUUAACCUAACUUCUUAGGUUUAAUUUAAAGAGAAUUCAAUAAUAAAAUCAAUUACUUAAAUAAUACUAAAAAUCUUUAUUUAAAACAAGCUAUUUUAACCUACAGUGGCUGGAGCCUCCCUAAAAUUAGCAAAAACAAGGAAUGUCAUUGACAUUCAUUUUUCUUGCACAUCCCUGUGCGACUUUGCUAUAGUUUUGUAAAGCUUUCUAUGAAUUUGAUGUUAUAUUUUGCUUAAUUUUUAGUCUAGUGAUGAAACAUAUAAUU